GCUGCCUGGGCGGCUGCGGCGGGCGUCGAGGUGGGCGCCGCGGUCCGGGCCGGGGAGUGAGGCGGGGCCGGCCGGGCCGGUGGGCUGGGCGGCGGGCCCGGCGGCCGCCCCCGCGCCGUCGUCCGCGCCUGGCGGCCCGAUGUGGCUGCAGCAGCGGCUCAAGGGGCUGCCGGGACUGCUGUCGAGCAGCUGGGCCCGCCGCCUCCUCUGCCUGCUCGGCCUCCUGCUGCUGCUGCUGUGGUUCGCGGGCUCCGGGGCGCGGCGGGCGGCGGGCGGCCUGCACCUGCCGCCCUGGGCCCGGGGCGAGCCGGGCGCCGCCGAGUCCUCUGCCUGCCUGGAGGCGGCCACCCGUGCCUGGCGCGGCCUGCUGGAGCGCGGGGAGGCCGUGCCGCUGGGCCCUGGAGUGCCGGCCCUGGUGGCCAACGGCUUCCUAGCCCUGGACGUGACUGCCAACCGGCUGUGGGUGACUCCUGGCGAGCGGGAGCCCGCCGUGGCACCGGACUUCGUGCCCUUCGUGCAGCUGCGACCGCUGAACGUGCUGGCCGAAGCUGGAGAGGCGGUGCUGCUGCCGCGGGAGGGGCUGCUGCGCCGGGUGCGCUGCCUGCAGCUCGGAAGCCCAGGCUCUGGCCCUGCAGCCGCCGGCCCCGGGCCCGCCUCGGCCUCCGGCCUUGCCGCGGGGUCCGGCCGCGACUGUGUGCUGCUGCAGGAGGACUUUCUGGCGCACCGGGGCCGACCCCACGUCUAUCUGCAGCGCAUCCAACUCAACAACCCGACGGAGCGCGUGGCCGCGCUGCAGACUGUGGGGCCCACUGCGGGCCCGGUCCCUAAAGCCUUCACCAGCACCCUGGAGAAGAUCGGAGAUCAUCAGUUCCUCCUCUACUCGGGCCGGUCCACACCAGUGCCCACCGGGCGGGUGCACCUGGUGGUGGUGGCUGCCAAAAAACUAGUGAACCGGCUCCAGGUGGCUCCCAAGACGCAGCUGGAUGAGACGGUGCUCUGGGUGGUGUAUGUCUCAGGCCCCAUCAACCCCCAGGUGCUCAAAAGCAAAGCAGCUAAGGAACUGAAGACGCUCCAGGACUUGGCCCGGAAGGAGAUGUUGGAGCUCUUGGAGGUGCCAGCAGUCGAGCUACUUCAUGACCACCAGCGCCUCUGGGCACAGCUGUUCAGCCCAGGGGUGGAGAUGAAGAAGAUCACCGACGCCCACACCCCCUCGGGCCUGACGGUCAACCUGACGCUCUACUACAUGCUCUCCUGCUCGCCGGCGCCUCUGCUCAGCCCGUCCCUGAGCCACAGGGAGCGAGACCAGAUGGAAGCCACCCUCAACUACGAAGACCACUGCUUCAGCGGCCACGCUACCAUGCACGCCGAGAACCUGUGGCCGGCCCGGCUGGCCUCGGUGCAGCAGAUCCUGCAGCUCUCCGACCUGUGGAAGCUGACCCUCCAGAAGCGCGGCUGCAAGGGGCUGGUGAAGGUGGGCGCCCCGGGCAUCCUGCAGGGCAUGGUGCUCAGCUUCGGGGGGCUGCAGUUCACGGAGAACCACCUGCAGUUCCAGGCCGACCCCGACGUGCUGCACAAUAGCUACGCGCUGCGCGGCAUCCGCUACAAGAACGACCACAUCGACCUGGCCGUGCUGGCCGACGCCGAGGGCAAGCCCUACCUGCACGUGUCCGUGGAGUCCCGCGGCCAGCCCGUCAAGAUCUAUGCCUGCGAGGCGGGCUGCCUGGACGACCCCGUGGAGCUGACCGCGGCGCGCGGGGGCCACACCUUCUCAGUCAUGGUGACGCAGCCCAUCACGCCGCUGCUGUACAUCUCCACCGACCUCACGCACCUGCAGGACCUGCGGCACACGCUGCACCUCAAGGCCAUCCUGGCGCACGACGAGCACAUGGCCCAGCAGGACCCCGGCCUGCCCUUCCUCUUCUGGUUCAGCGUGGCCUCCCUCAUCACCCUCUUCCACCUCUUCCUCUUCAAGCUCAUCUACAACGAGUACUGCGGGCCCGGCGCCAAGCCCCUCUUCAGGAGCAAGGAAGACCCCAGUGUCUGAGGGAACUGCGCGUCCUGCUUUCUGCCACCGUUUGCACAAGACACCAUCUGCUGCUACAGACAAGGGAUCCUUCGGAAGCACCUACCCUUUGUGCCUUGUGGGGGACAGUGACGCAGAAGCGCUUGUGGGCACCAGCUCGCAUUGGAAGGAACGAGUGUCCCGGGCGGGGGGGCAGUGGACCUGUAAGCCUUCCACUCAAUAAAGUGAACCUGGCAGAGCGUACUUGAACUUGAACUCACUCCUUCCACACCCCCUUCUCUUUCCCAGGAAAUAGACCCUCUUUUGAAAAGACUUGUUUAGGAAAAUGGUGUUCUUCCUGAUUUCACGUGUUCUUUCCUUGAAUGAACUUCUAAUUUAUUUUGGUUGCGAUCUGCUGGAUGGUUUGCAUCCGAGGUAGGCGGUGAGCGGUGCCCCUUCCUCUGGAGGCCCGCGUAGCCCUGGGGCUGGGGCUGGGCCCCUGGCGGCCGUCCCUCCCACUGGAGAGCACGGGUGCCACCUGUUCUCCGGCUGCACCCGCCUCCCUGUCACAAGCCUGUGGCGACCUGUGGUUUUGUACUUUUGGGCUUCGGGGGAGGUGUUUAACUUUCUAGCAAUUGGUGAUUGUUUGGUUUUGAAAUACCAAAGCUUUUUUGUUGUUUUUAAAUAAAUCUCUUUGAAACUUC